AUGCAUCAUCCAUUUCUUGACAUGGCAAUAGUCGGUGCUGUUGGUUUGGGUGCAUAUGAAUUGUGGCAUCAUCAUCACUACGGUAAUUUUGGUUUUGGAAAUCCGUACAACCAAGCUGGAUUUGGCGGCUAUAGCAAUCCUUAUGGAUAUGGUACACCGUAUGGAUUUAAUCAUCCUCAUCAUCAUCAUCAUCACGUUCUUUAA